AUGUCUCUAGCCGAACCCCAGCGAGCCAGCACCCUCCCCGCCCCGCGCCCGGUGCGGCCCAAGUUCAACUCAAUGCUCACCUCGGACAGGCUCCGGGAAGGCUCCCUCAUCAGGACCCAGUCCUUCAUGACGACGGGCAAGGUGAAGAAGAACCGCAAGUCCGUCUUCCGCGAGCUCGGUCUGGACGAUGAUCUGAGCGACGCCAGCUCCUUCUCCCACGACAUGAGCGAGUCCCCUUCCAAGAUGUCGCCUCCUCAGUGGACGGCACUUGGCCUCGGCGAGGGCAAGAAGCUAGAUGAUGAUAAACUGAUCAGCAUCUAG